AUGUCCAAAGCCGCAGAAGCUACAGGCAUCGACUACACCGGAUGGGACGAGCAGAAGGCCCUUGCGGCGAUUGCCAAAGCCGUUGCGGUCUGGCCACGCCAUGACUUAAGCUUCAUCGAGAUUGACUACCCGCGCGCCAAGCGCAAUUGGAAAAACGGGACUCUCAAGAAGUACGAUAGGAGGGUCCUGGCGGCGUAUGAAGACGAUGACAUCGCGGCUUUGGCUAUCUACAAUCGGAUGAAACCGCGGUACAGAAGACGUGUACUUACCAGGAUUCGCCAAGGGAAGCGCCGUGGGAAGGUGUCGACUGGUGGUGAUCAUUAUGAGCCGGGCAUGUGA